AUGAGCUCCACCACCCCCUCCACCAUUAAUGCCCUACUUCUCUUGGCACUCGUUGCUUUAUGUAAUAUCGUGAAACGGCAGCUUUGUCGGAAAACUAUCAGAAACAAACAUAAUCGACUCCCACUCCCUCCGGGCCCCACCCCGUCGCCAGUGGUCGGUUGCCCCGGCAUGCUUCGCAACAAACCCGUGUUCCGGUGGAUCCAUCGGCUGAUGAAGGAGAUGAACACCGAUAUAGCGUGCAUCCGCCUAGGGAGCACGCACGUCAUUCCCGUGACUUGUCCAACAAUCGCCCAAGAAUUCCUCAGGAAGCAGGACUCCUUGUUCGCCUCGAGGCCAGUUACGAUGGCGUCCGGCACACUCAGCAGCAGCUACUUGACGACAGCCCUCUCGCCCUAUGGGGAGCAAUGGAAGAAGAUGAGGCGGGUCUUGGUGUCGGAGGUAGUAUGCCCAGCUCGGCACAAGUGGCUCCACGACAAGAGAGCAGAGGAAGCCGAUAACCUAAUGAAGUAUGUCUUUAACCUAUGCAAAACAUCAGGUCAUCAAGUGAACUUGAGAAGCACUACGAGGCACUAUACAGGGAAUGUGACAAGAAGGCUGAUGUUCAACAAGAGAUACUUUGGCAAGGGAAGGCAAGAUGGAGGACCAACCAUUGAUGAAGAACAACAUGUCGAUGCAAUCUUCCAUGCACUGCACUAUCUCUAUGCAUUUUGUGUUUCUGAUUACUUUCCAUUCUCAGUGGGGCUUGACCUUGAUGGGCAUGAGAAGGAAGUAAAAGAGAGUGAGAGGACUCUUAGGAGGUUGCAUGAACCCAUAAUAAGUGAGAGGAUCAAACGAUGGAGGGACGAUUUGAGUUCGGAGUGUAAUGAAAAAGAGCCUCAAGACUUGUUAGAUGUUCUGAUUAUGCUUAAAGACCCACAAGGGAUGCCAUUGCUGACGCCAGAAGAAGUUCGAGCGCAGACCAUGGAGAUUAUGAUUGAAGCGGUGGACAAUCCAUCAAACGCAGUCGAGUGGGCAAUGGCAGAGAUGAUAAAUCAGCCUGAACUCCUUAACAAAGCCACAGAAGAAUUAGAUAGAGUUGUGGGCAAGGAGAGGUUAGUCCAAGAAUCCGAUAUCCCCCGGCUCAACUACAUCAAAGCAUGUGCACGGGAAGCCUUUAGGCUCCACCCAAUCGCGCCCUUCAACGUUCCACACGUAGCCAUGUCAGACACUGUGGUCGCCGGCUAUCGCAUUCCCAAGGGCAGCCACAUCCUUUUGAGCCGGGUCGGCCUCGGUAGAAACCCCAAGGUUUGGGAGGAACCCCUCAAGUUUAAGCCGGACCGGCACAUCACGAGUGACCAAGCGGAAGUCGUGCUGACUGAACCCAACUUGCGCUUCAUUUCUUUCAGCACUGGCCGGCGCGGGUGCAUGGGUGCCACACUUGGGACAACAAUGACCGUGAUGCUCCUCGCCAGGCUAAUCCAAGGGUUUAGUUGGAGUAAACCCUCCAAUUUGUCGAGCAUCAGCCUUGCCGAGUCGAGAAAUGACCUAUUCCUCGCCGAACCACUAGUAGCUCAAGCGGAGCUGCGAUUGCCAAGUCAUCUCUAUCUUGCAUAGAUGCAAGUACAAAGUCAUGGUGAUGUACUUCCAUAUAUAUUUUAUGAAUAAUCGAUAUUAAUGUAAUAAAAACGGAUGUCCAAUGGAUAGAAACUGGACAUCCAAAUAAGAAAU